CAGAGCGGGACGAAUCGGUUGGUGUAGCGUGAAGGCGGUAGAGGUCGGCGGGCAACGGCAGCGGUGUGUGUGUGUGGGAGGGGCCUCGGGGGAGCUGGCGGACACUCGCCGUGUGCAAGGACGGCCGGCAGCUGUCUCAACCUGUUGCUUUCUCCAACCCAGAGCCCUUGCAGAGUCGUGUGAGGUUUCAAACUCGGGCCUGUGAGAGUUUUCUUACACUGCCCCGUUUUGACAGCUCCAGCAACUUGCGGGAUGUGAGCCCUUAACAGCUGAGGAGCAGACUUGAUCCAAACUUGCCCACGGCAUUGCAGCACCGACUCUCUGGAGGAAUAGCCCCAAAUAGAGGGGACCUCCCCUCUCCCCGUUACUGCUCGUUUAUGUUUCACGAACGUGCCACCGUGUGAAGUUUUUUUUGUGGAAGUAAAUUUAUUGCAUCAGAGACACUGCUGUGCAGAACAAGAUUGCAAGGGACCUAUGAAAAGUGCUGGGUUGAAUUGGAUCCAACAUAGUUCAUCCUUUGUGUUACAAAACUCAAAAGGGGAAUAGUAAGGCAAAAGUCUUGGCAUGAAGCAUGCAAAGGCUUGUGAAGAAGGAAAGGAAGAUCAGAAUUUGCAUUCCAUUCUAUCUUGCUGAGAAAUAUAGCAACAGUGGUGAAAAUCUUGCCGACUACAAGAGGCAACCUUGGCCACAUUAGAAGAUUAGAAUAUCUCCAGUGGAAAGCAGAACUUACAUUAUUGUAUUCUAAACAUGACUUCAAAUGGAAUUCAAACAAUAUUACUCUUCAUGCUGAUAUAUGGAGGGUCUACAGGUCCUCUGGCAAGAAAUGACUGUGUACUUGCACCAGUAGGUGAAUCCCACCCAGUCAAGACAUUGCUGGAGAGCUUCACUGUGUCAUCAGGCUGUGCAAGUGGAGGAACUACAGGUCUCCCUCAAGAGGUGCACAUUAUCAAUUUAAAAAGUACUGGAAAAGACCCCAAUCACCACGGCAAAGGCAAAAAUGCUGGAGUAGAUGUCAACCAUAAAGAUAAGGUGACACUGAACUUGAGACCCAUUUUCUCAGUUGAAGUCCAUCAGAAACCUUUGGUAUUUGUGCUGAAUUCCCCAAGACCUGUGGUUUGGAUUAUAAAGGCAAAGCAACUGGCACCAGGAGUACAACGUUUGUUCCAUGUGUCUAAGAAUUCUACUGUUCAGUUUCCAACAGUAAACUUUACCUCAUCAAAAUCAUUGGAAGAGCAUUCAUUGCCUCAAGGUAGUAAGCACUUACUGCAGUGGACCCAGAAAAAGUAUGGGUCUGUGACAUCUUUCACUGAAUUGAACAAAGUUAAUAAUAUUUACAUCAAAGUAGGUGAAGAUCCUGCAUUGUCACCAACAUGCAUUAUAGAGAAAAACUUUUUGUCCCAGAAUUAUCUUGGAGCUUAUUUGAAAAUGCAACCUGCACAAGGCUGUACAUUCUCAAAUCCAGCAGAAGGAAAGGAAGUUCAUGUUAUUGACUUGGAAUCCCCAAAUUCUAGUCCUUACAGCAGGAUUUUCAAAGUGGACGUAGUUGUUGACAUACGACCAAUGCAUGCAGAUACUGUGCUCUCCAGAAAUAUUUUGCUGAUCCUCAAGUGUGAGAAAGCAGUCAAUUGGGUGAUCAAGUCACAUGAUGUCAGUGGAAAGUUAGAAGUGAUUAUCUCUGACAGGGACAGUAUCAAAUUUAGCCGAGAGACAGAAGCAGCCAUGUUAGUGGUGAAGAAAACUUCAUCUAAUCUGACAUCCACCAGGAGUGACCUUAUUCGCUGGGUUCAAGAACGUGGUCAUGGCACAAUCACUUCAUAUACAAAGGCCUCAGUUGCUAAUCAGAUACAUUUAAGGCUUCAAGAAACUGCUGAAGAGGAGGAGUUGGAUUCCUUCCUUCCGCCAGAACUUUCAAUUCUGAGGGAGCCUUCACAAUCGUCUGACCCGGCCUUACCUGGACUGAAGGAAGCCCUUCGGUUUCCAUUUCCCUUUGACCAAGAAGAUUAUGACAGGGUGGAUACAGCUCACAAGCUGCCACAGAGAUCACAGGAUAGUACAUUUGAAAAACUAAUGAGAAAUGGAUUACCCGAACCAGAGGAAAUUCAAACUAUUGAUAAUGUGGCCCUAUCUGUUCAAUGUGAGGAUGAAAAAAUGAUAGCUGUAAUUGAAAAGAACAGCUUGCAGGUUGACUCAUCUGCAGUUAUGCAGAUUUCUUUACUGGAUCCAAAUUGCAAAGCAAAAGUAAAUGCCACACAUUACAUUUUGGAGUCUUCACUCACUGGCUGUGAGACGACUAAGUACCCUUCUGUGGAUGGGUCCACCAUCUAUUUGAAUUCGAUUGUGAUGCAGUUAGAGUACUCUGUUGAAGGAAGUGGAUGGUAUAGUGAUAAUGAAGAAUCGGGAGACAACGGCUUCCCUGGAGAUGGUGAUGAUCCAGUUGGAAGCAGACCCAGAACCAUUCUGUUUAACUGUACAUACUCAACAGCGAGCAAGAAAUCAGAACUACCUUCACGUUCUCAUUUUCCUUCUGUGACACAAAUCAACAAUGCAACUUUGAAUAUGGAGCUGUACAACACAGAUUUGUUCCGCACUCCCUCGCAAGGAGUGCACACUGUUUCAGAAAAUCGUCCAUUAUAUGUUGAGGUCUCUAUAACUAAAUCUGACCCAGAUAUCAGUUUUGUCAUCCAAACCUGCUAUAUUUCUCCAUUGUCGGACCCUGCUGCCUCUACAGGCUACGCCAUUAUUGAAAACAUUUGUCCAAAGGAAGAUUCUGUGGCCUUCUACAGUUCCCAGAAGCUCGAUUUCCUGGUACCACACACACAGAUGGAAAAAAAGAGGUUCAGCUUUAUCUUUAAGCCAGUCUACAACAUGUCCUUGGUUUUUCUUCAUUGUGAAAUUACAUUAUGCAGUAAAACGGACAGUGAUAGCCAAGGAUUUCCUAAUCUUCCCAAGUGUAUUCCUCCUGAUGAAGCUUGCAUAGAUGUGAGUUUUCAAUUAAUAAUGGCUAUGGCAAGAAACAGGCAAUCAUUUACAAAGCCACUGGCAGUUAUUUCUGGAAAAAUUACUCUGCCCAACACACAAGUGAAAGUUGAUACCCAGAUUAACACAGAGAAACCACGGCCUUAUAUAAUUUAUGGUCUGGAUACCCCUACAGUUGUGGGAAUUGCAUUUGCAGCAUUUGUGAUUGGUGCACUUCUGACAGGAGCUUUAUGGUACAUUUACUCCCAUACAGGUGAAACAGCUGGAAGGCAGCAGGUCCCUACAUCUCCGCCAGCAUCAGAAAAUAGCAGCACAGCUCACAGCAUUGGCAGCACACAAAGCACUCCCUGUUCGAGCAGCAGCACGCCCUAACCCUGAGGGAAAUAGCUACAAGGAAAUGGAGUAUAGAGGCAAAGUUCAAAGUGGCUAAUUGUUGGUUAGUAUCCUGAGGAUAAAAGGAAGAUCUUCAGUUGCCUCUUGAAAGCUGACAUGUACUUUCAAGACAAAAAAAAACUCAUCUAAGUUGCUGUAUACUUUAGGCAAACUGACUUCCCUCGAGCGCAUAAUAUUAUAUGUGACAAAACUACUAAUUACCCUGAAUUGGAACUUGCUAACCAUUUGAGUUCCUUAUGUGAAAUUCGUACCAGAUAUUUUUCAGUGCUGCUUAAUUUCUACAAUGCAGCCUUUUAAUUUUAAGUAGACUUUAUGUAAACACCAGCAACUUUCUGAAUAAGAAUGAAAGCGCCAUGUUCUGAUUUAACCAUAGAUGACAACUAAACAUUCAGUGUUUCCAUCACACACAUACCAAAUUUUUAUCAGAUAGACAGAUUCCAUAAAAACAUUGUUUAAAAAAUACCUGUACAAAAAUCCCUGCUCUGGGCUAUCUUUUUUUUAAAUGCGCUGUUAAAUAUGUUAUAAGAUUUUUAAGAAUAUUUACAGCUUUGUCAAGAAAUCAAUGUUUUAAGCUUAAUGAUAUAAAACUGAAAACAUAGACCAAAGCAGAACUUCCUGCUGUUUUUCUCAAGUUAUCUGGACAGGUGGUUUUUUUGAAGAUUCUUGUUGGUUAAUUUUCAAGUGUCUUGACAGCAGUUGAUAUUACUUUAAGACUCAAAUGGGACUUUAAAGCACAUGCUGAAUUCUUCUUUUUGUUACUUUUUUAUAUUUUUAAAAGCAGUUGUCCAUCAGUGUGAUAUAAGUUGUCCCACAUCAUGAAUGUUGUAUUUUUCUGCAGUUCAGAAGACUUUGUUCUUCAUGGUACUAUUGCAUACUGUACAGUUGAAUGUAUUUUGUCAUGAUUUAAUAAUGUAUUCCUUGUAUAUAAACAUUUAUAGAGCUCUCCAGAGCAGAGUACAGAGUAUUUUAGUAACAUAUAAGCUAUAUUUUUUAUUGUAUUCUGGAUUUCAGUGUAAGUGUUCCAAGGGUAGAUUUGGUCAUCGAAUAUAAAUGGGGAGCUAGGCUCAAGUGAGCUCAGGUGGAACAAACUGCACCAGGUAUGGAUGUUGCUGGUAAUACAAGCAUUUAUUCUCAGUCCCUGAUUGCCUGUGAAUUGUGGAGGCAGAUAUGACCCUGCUGCAUUGGCUUAACUGGGUAAGAAUGUCAGAUUUCCUUCCUUGUAGGACAUUAAUAUACCCCAUUGUCUGCCUCUCACUCUCCCUUGAAACUAGCUUCCCCAUUUAAAAUUGCAGGAUUACUGAAUUUACCCUUUAUUGUUAAAAUUAUAAAGAUGAAAUUCAAUUAUACAAAGUGUAUUAACUUUGCUAACUGUGAAUUUUUCAUUGAAUUUUAUAAUGGACUUCUGCUACUUUGCUUUUUACUCAUUCCCCUAAGAAUAUCUGUUUGGGUAAUAGAAGUUAAUUUGUUUAAUCAGAAUCAAUACUAUUGAAAGUAAUUGGAAUCACCUUUUUUAUUAAGAUUCUAAAUGCAAAUUUAGCUUCAUUUUUAAGAUGGUUAUUGCCAGCUGAAGAUAUUGUAUCAAAUAUAUGUACUUUUUCAAAGUUGGAGUAAUUUGUUGUAGAUAUGGCUCCAAAGUUAAUAUUUUAAAAAAAAGAACUGUGAAAUUGAAUGUGCAUCUAGUAAUUUGUCCCUGUAAUGACACAGAAAAAGAACAAAUGGUAAGGUGAACAAUGUACUUCAUAAAGCUGCGGCAUUUGUUGCUAUCAAACAAUUAAUUGUUACUAAUUAUAAAAAGAGAAAAUGCUGGAAGCAGGUCAGUCACCAUCUUUGGCAAGAGAACAAAGUUAAUGUUUCAGGUCAAAGACCCUCCAUCAGAAAGUUAACUCUGUUUUUUCCAUAGAUGCUAUUUUUAUUUCAGAUUUCCAGCAUCUGCAGUGUUUUGAUUUUCAAUUAAUUUUUAUUUCCCUAUUCAGAGAGAGAAAGGAGUGGUUAUGAAUGGAUCUAAUGAGCAAUUUAGCACUUUAAUUCUCUUCUUUCAACAAACCAGGGCAAUUUCACAAUUUACUAAUUUUUUUUGGAAGUUUGUUAAACGAUGCAGGCCAGUUAAAUAAAGGGUGUAAAGCUCUGGUUCCUAACCUUGACCUCUAGGGUUCUGCAAAGUUUUAAUAGUAUUGAGGUAAACAGUUGGAAAAUUCCCAAAUCCCAAAGUAAGAAUAUGCUCAGCACAUCAUCUGCCCCACCCAGGGUUGCUAGCAGUCCCUGGGAGUCGCCAGGAUAGCCCCAGAUCCUUAAAGGGUGCAGCCUGGGAUGUCCUCAAUGUUUAUGUUUGUUGUGUGUGGGGGUUGCAUUUUACUGAGCACGAACGUUUUUUGUUGAAAAAUGUUAGGAGCCACUGAUGUAACAUAUACAAUGACAUCACCCAUUAAUCUUUUCUACACAAAAUAAAGUUGCCUCUGGCAUGACCUACUGACUACUUUGUAAAAUUAUAGAUUUUCUGAUGGCUUGUUGUUAGGUGGUAAUUAAAGUUAGCAUCUUUCAGGCUGCUGUCACUGUAAUAGUAUUUUGCUUUCUCAUUUUUUUCCGUGAUUGGAAAAAUGCCCUACAGGAAUGUUUCUCUUGCUGCAAUAUAAGUUGAAAAUAUUUAGGAGUUAGGCUCACUGCCUGGAAAAAAAAAUGACUUUAUGCCUUCCACUUUGCUUCAAACUGCAUGUUAAUCUGCUUUUUAAGUUGUAUGUAAAAUCUUUUGUGUAAUGGAAUUAAAUACAGAUAUAAAAAUACAUUUGGGCCUAACAUUGCAAUAAUGCAUAAAAAAGAUAAAUGAAUGUAAUAUCCUACAUCUUUUUGCCUUUGCUUUUUUCACUUUGACUCAAGGAUACUAUUGAUUCUGUUGUUUGGAGAGGAUUACUAAAACAAUUGGGAGCAAUUGGAUUGCUUUAAACAUUAUGGUAGGUUCACUCUAAUGAUUUAAUGUGAACCUUGGCAGCUCUGUACUUAGAAAUUUCAGAGGAUAUGUACCUUUUGCAGCUUUGGAUGUUUGUAUAAUAUAUUACUGAUGGAGAAACAAUUCAUUUAAGAUUGUAAAUUUUCUGUUCUUAAUACUUCAUUUGUCUUUCCCUUUAAAAUAUAUCUACCUCACUGUUUUACUAAAGGAACAAGGCCUGUCCUGCUGGUUGUACUAUUUGACUUUUGUAAGUAUUAGCAGGUGGUGUCUGUGCCUACUUAAUAGGGCUAUGUUCUGCUCAUGUCUAUUUUUCAUAUGCUGUUGAAAAGGGAUUUAUUGUGAAAGUUUAAAAGUGUUGAUCUUUUGUCAUACUAUAUAAUGUCAAAUAAAGGUGUAUAUC